AUACGUCGGUUACAGAACAUGGUGAGAGGAGAAAACAGAAAUUAUUUAAUUUAAUUUAAUCUCUCGACUCGAUUAUGAUUCGCCAUAUUUCUUAAUCGCGUCCGAUCCGCGUUGUGUCCAGCCUAUAAAAUCCACCAUCCUCCUAAAGCUAAAACCAUCAGUGUACAAAACGCAAAGCGCUUCUUUAAGCUUGUGAACUAUUCAGUUCUUUCAUUAAACCCAGCUUCUGAUCUGUUAAGUUUACUGUGAUCUUGAAGAACAUGGCUGAGGAGCACCACAACAAGGCCCAUGAGUCUGAGACCCCAGUUGUUGUUGAGGGGUCAGCUGUGGAAUCCAAGGAUCGUGGGCUGUUUGAUUUCAUGGGGAAGAAAGAGGAAGAGAAGCCUCAAGGGGAGGUGAUCGUCACUGAGUUUGAAGAGAAGGUUCAGGUGUCUGAACCAGAGGAGAAGAAGCCUGGUCUGUUGGAGAAGCUUCAUCGAUCGGAUAGCAGCUCUAGUUCUUCUAGUGAUGAGGAAGAAGGCGAGGGAGAGCAGAAGAAGAAGAAGAAGGAAAAGAAGGGAUUGAAGGAGAAGAUCAAGGAGAAGAUAUCUGGAGAUCACAAAGAAGAAAAGAAAGAAGAGGACACCACAGUCCCUAUUGAGAAAUACGAAGAAGCAGAAGCAGCAAAUCAAGCCGAUGAAAAGAAAGGUUUUCUAGAGAAAAUCAAAGAGAAACUGCCAGGACACAACAAGAAGCCUGAAGAGGUAGCUACGCCGCCUCCACCGCCACCACCAACUGAGCAUGUUCAUGCAGAGUCAGCCUCUCAUGAAGGAGAAGCAAAGGAGAAGAAGGGUAUCUUUGAGAAGAUUAAGGAAAAGCUUCCUGGGUAUCAUCCAAAAACAGAGGAAGAGAAGGAAAAAGAAAAAGAGUCUCAUUAAUAAACAAAAAUCAGUAUUUUCUCCAGAAGCAUAUGUGUGGUUUAUAAUGUUAAUCGAUGAAGUAUUUGCCGAGUUUGUUUCCUUUGUUUUUUUGGGUUUUGAUCAAGAUUUGAUCAUAUGCAAUAUUAUGUAAGUUUGUUUAUUACUAGGUUUCAUGUUUUUGUGUUAUUAAUUAAGAGGAGAAUUCCAUUUUCUUUGUUUGUA